UGUAAACGUAUUUUUAAAUUUGAAAAUGCAGUUCGGUGAAGGGUUGGCUCUUUGUCGGUUGUGGUAGUCAGUGUUAUUCUGUAGAGGUUUAAAGUGUAGUGCUAGGUUCGGUUGAGAGGGUUUUGUUAGCGUUGAUAUUUUUAGCUUUAUUCAUCUGUUUUAGUAAAACAGCCAUUCUCUGUUUUAUAUAGGUUGUAAUACCGCUCGAAUAGUUAAGAAAUGGCCUCUGAAGGAACGCUGAAGACGAUGUUUGAGAACAAGCCUGUGAGCAAGGCGAAGGAUGAUAAGCGUCUGUCUGUGGAGAGGAUCUACCAGAAGAAGACACAGUUGGAGCACAUUCUGCUCCGUCCCGACACCUACAUCGGGUCUGUGGAGCCCGUGACACAGCAAAUGUGGGUGAUGGAUGAAGAAAUCGGAAUGAACUGCAGAGAUGUGACUUUUGUUCCUGGCUUGUACAAGAUCUUUGAUGAAAUCCUUGUGAAUGCUGCAGAUAACAAACAGCGGGAUAAGAAGAUGUCCUGCAUCAAGAUCAACAUUGACCCUGAGAAUAAUGCCAUCAGCGUGUGGAACAACGGGAAGGGCAUUCCUGUGGUCGAGCACAAAGUGGAGAAAGUGUUCGUGCCGGCCCUGAUCUUUGGACAGCUGCUCACAUCCAGCAACUACAACGACGACCAGAAGAAAGUCACUGGUGGACGAAAUGGAUAUGGUGCCAAGCUGUGUAAUAUUUUCAGCACCAAGUUCACUGUGGAGACAGCCUGUCAUGAGUCCAGGAAGUGUUUUAAACAGACGUGGUACGAUAACAUGGGCCGCGCGGGCGAGGCGAAGAUCAGGGCCUUUGACGGGGAGGAGUUCACCUGCAUCACCUUCCAGCCGGACCUGGCCAAGUUCAAGAUGCAGUCUCUGGACAAGGACACGGUGGCCCUGAUGUCCAGGAGGGCGUACGACGUGGCCGGCUCCACCGCGGGGGUCAAAGUCUUCCUCAAUGGACAGAAGCUGUCGGUGAAUGGCUUCCGCAGCUACGUGGAUCUGUACGUGAAGGACAAGGUGGACGAGCUGGGCAUCCCGCUGAAGGUCAUCCACGAGGUGGUGAACGGGCGCUGGGAGGUGUGCAUGACCAUGAGCGAGAAGGGCUUCCAGCAAGUCAGCUUCGUCAACGGCAUCGCCACUACCAAGGGUGGCAGGCACGUCGACUACGUGGCAGACCAGAUUGUCGGCAAGCUCAUCGAAGUUGUCAAGAAGAAGAACAAGGCUGGUGUCACAGUGAAGCCCUUCCAGGUGAAGAACCACAUCUGGUUGUUUGUGAACUGCCUGAUUGAGAACCCCACCUUUGACUCCCAGACCAAGGAGAACAUGACCCUGCAGCAGAAGAGCUUUGGCUCCACGUGUCCGCUCACCGAGAAGUUCAUCAAGGCCGCCACCUCCUGUGGGGUUGUGGAGAGCGUCAUGAACUGGGUGAAGUUCAAGGCUCAGACUCAGCUCAAUAAGAAGUGCUCUGCUGUCAAGCACACCAAGAUCAAGGGGGUCCCCAAGUUGGAUGAUGCCAACGAUGCAGGGGGUAAGAACUCGAACAUGUGCACCCUGAUCCUGACCGAAGGAGACUCGGCCAAGACGCUGGCGGUGUCUGGGCUGGGCGUGGUUGGGAGAGACCGCUACGGGGUGUUCCCCCUCCGGGGGAAGAUGCUCAACGUGCGGGAGGCUUCGCACAAACAGAUUAUGGACAAUGCAGAGAUCAACAAUAUCAUCAAGAUUGUCGGGCUGCAGUACAAGAAGAACUACAGUGAUGCCGAGUCUCUGAAGACCCUGCGCUAUGGGAAGAUCAUGAUCAUGACAGAUCAGGAUCAAGAUGGGUCUCACAUCAAGGGACUCCUGAUUAACUUCAUUCACCACAACUGGCCCUCUCUGCUUAGGCACAACUUCCUGGAGGAGUUCAUCACCCCCAUCAUCAAGGCAUCCAACAAGAAGCAAGAACUGUGCUUUUACAGCAUCCCCGAAUUUAAUGAAUGGAAGGAAAGCCAGUCUAACCUCAAAUCCUGGAAAAUAAAGUACUACAAAGGUCUGGGUACCAGCACUUCUAAGGAGGCAAAGGAAUACUUUGCCGACAUGGAAAGACAUCGAAUCCCCUUCAAGUAUGCUGGUCCUGCCGAUGACGAGGCAAUCACCCUGGCCUUUAGUAAGAAGAAGGUUGACGAACGCAAAGAGUGGCUUACGAGAUUCAUGGCGGACCGCCGACAGCGGAGACAGCACGGCUUGCAGGAGGAUUACCUGUAUGGGAAGACCACCCAAUACUUGACAUACAAUGAAUUCAUCAACAAAGAGCUGGUCCUGUUCUCCAACUCGGACAACGAGAGGUCCAUUCCCAGUCUGGUGGAUGGCCUGAAACCGGGCCAGAGGAAGGUGCUGUUCACCUGCUUCAAGAGGAAUGACAAACGAGAGGUGAAGGUGGCUCAGCUGGCGGGCUCUGUGGCCGAGACAUCUGCCUAUCACCACGGUGAGAUGUCCCUGAUGAUGACCAUCAUCACCCUGGCUCAGAACUUUGUCGGCAGCAACAACCUUAACCUCCUGCAGCCCCUCGGGCAGUUUGGUACAAGGCUGCAUGGUGGCAAAGAUGCUGCCAGUCCUCGAUACAUCUUUACCAUGCUGAGUCCUCUGGCCCGCUUGCUCUUCCCCCCGGUUGACGACAACCUGCUCAAGAACAACUACGACGACAACCAGCGCGUGGAGCCCGAGUGGUACAUCCCCAUCAUCCCCGUGGUGCUGCUGAACGGCGCCGAUGGCAUCGGCACGGGCUGGGCCAGCCGCAUCCCCAACUUCGACGUGCGGGAGGUCGUGAACAACAUCCGCCGCCUGCUGGACGGGGACGAGCCCCUGCCCAUGCUCCCAAACUACAAGAACUUCAAGGGCACCAUUGAGGAGCUGCUUCCUAACCAGUAUGUGAUCAACGGUGAAGUCUCCAUUAUCGACUCCACCACCGUUGAAAUCUCGGAGCUGCCAGUGAAGACGUGGACUCAGACCUACAAAGAGAAUGUGCUGGAGCCCAUGCUAAACGGCACCGAGAAGGUCCCGGCCCUCAUCACCGACUAUAAAGAGUACCACACGGACACGACCGUGCGCUUCGUCGUCAAGAUGACGGAGGAGAAGCUGGCUGAGGCUGAGGCUGCUGGGCUGCACAAGGUCUUCAAGCUGCAGACCACCCUCACCUGCAACUCCAUGGUUCUAUUUGACCACACUGGAAGCCUGAAGAAGUAUGACUUUGUUCAGGACAUAUUGAAGGACUUCUAUGAGCUGCGACUGAAGUAUUAUACGUUGCGCAAGGACUGGCUGUUGGGCAUGCUGGGGGCGGAGAGUGCCAAGCUCUCCAACCAGGCACGCUUCAUCCUAGAGAAGAUUGAGGGCAAACUGGUCAUCGAGAACAAGCCCAAGAAGGAGUUGAUUCGCAUGCUGCAGGAGAUGGGCUAUGACUCUGAUCCUGUGAAGGCUUGGAAAGAAGCCCAAGAAAAGUCUGAGGAGGAAGACACUGAGGAAGAGGAGACUUCAGAAGAGCAGUUGUCUGGCCCGGACUAUAACUACUUGCUCAGCAUGCCCAUGUGGUUCCUGACCAAAGAGAAGAAGGAGGAGUUGUGCAAGCAAAGAGAUGUCAAGACCAAUGAGCUGAACACACUGAAGAAGAAGAGCCCUUCUGACCUCUGGAAACAGGACUUGGCCAACUUGGUGGAGAUGUUGGAUCAAGUGGAGCAGAAGGAGCAGGAGGACGCAGCUGUGCAGGUGAAGGCCACCAAGGGGAAGACGGGCAGGGCCAAGCUGGUGAAGAUGAAGGAGGAGACCCGGCCCACGCCCCAGGGCCGCCGCGUCGUGCCACGCAUCACCAGCGCCAUGAAGGCCGAUGCCAACAAAAAGGCGGACGCCACCAAGAAGGGCAAGAAACUCAAGAGUGAGGAUGCGGUUAUGGUGAAGAUGGAGUUUGAGGAGGAGGGAGGAGAGGAUGGAGAAUGUAACUCAGAAGAAAUAAGUCUGGCGCAGAGACUGUCUAAAAAAACCAAGAAGGAGCCCGCCAAGAAAGCAGCAUCCAAGAGUGGGAAGCAGACCGUGCUGCAGUUCAAGCCGGUGCAGAAGGAGAGCCACCCCUGGUCCGACUCCGAGUCGGAGGCCGAGGCCGAGGUGCAGCCCAGGGAAAAAGCAGAGCGCUGCACCAAAGGCAAGACUGGCUCCUCUCGCCGUGGUAGAGGGUGGUGUAGCCUGGUAACUAAGAACUAACUGGCAGGCGGUGGGUCACAUCGGCACUAGUGUCCCUCAGCAGACGCCAGCUGCCUACUGCCUUCCUGUUGGUAAACACUGAAAAAAGUCACGGCCAUCAUCAGAGGUCACAUUCCCUAAAUUCAAUGUCCUGUAGAUGUCUGCUGGAUCCACAGGUCAUUAAACCAAAUGUUUAUUUCCAGAGACAACUAGAACUGUGAGCUGGAGCACUUCUCUCUGAAUUUCUGUAUGAUGAGAGAAGUUAAAGGACAGAUUAUUCACUAUUUUUCUGUAGUCUCAAGACACCUUUGCUUCCACUGUGUGCUUCUGUCAACCUUUUCUUUGACUGUAAUGGUGUGAUUCUGAGCAGCCGAGUCCAUCGCCAAUGGGAUGUGUUUUGUCAUGUUUUGAGCACUCCAGUGCUGGCUGCAAAAUGCCAAAUUUGCUUCCUUCCAAUACCAGAGUUGCUUUCAUCUUGAAGUACUGCCUUAAAACUGGGAAUCGAAUUAGUGUUGACGGGUUACCCUGAUGUGGAUUUGUGAUGAUUUCCUUGUUUUAAUUAAAAGCCAAGCUACUCCUGAUGACACUGUUUGAUCUUAUAACAAAUUUCCUGUUUAUUGUGUAAAAGAUGCUGGGUCAGUGCUGCCGAAAUGUUAUCAAAAUGAUGCCAUGUGGACAGA